AUGUUUCUAUUAAUAGUAGUCGCUUUAUUUGGUUUGGUAUCCACUUUCCCUUCCGGAUCUCUUCCAGAGUCUACUUUCUCAGGUCUUGAUGGCCCUCUUCCAUCAUCAUCUGAUAACAGUAACAUCUUCUUCGACUCCAAUGGAAAGUUCGUAAACAUGGAUGUUGAUGGUGUUACCGUUGAAUCCCUCCAUGUCCAAAAGAAACGUGAAAAACUUCCAAUGAUGAAGAAACAAGAGAAAAAAUACUUCGAAGACUUCUCCAAAUUCGUAGAAUUCGACAAGGCCUCUGAAGAGGGUUUCGAUGAUUCUACGACUCAACCAGGAGUAGUUCCUCAUCUUCCUGAAGCAGCGAAAGUUGAAGAAACCACCACACCAGUUAACUUCGAUUACUUCAACUUCGGUGAAGAACCAUCAGCUGUAGCUAACCCAGCAGCUACAUUCUUAGAAGGAGGCAACUUCGAUAAGAUCGCAACUCCCAAAUGCCGUAUGUCGGGAUGUGUUGGACCAGUCGUUAAUGAUGGAUCAAUCCUUACUGAUCAAACUCAAAAAGAUGGAGCUAGCUGUCAUCAAACAUUCGUACCUAUGAACACAUGCACAGACAACAAGGGAUACCCAAUGGGAAUGUUGUGCACAAUAUGUUGCGACUGCACCGAAGAAUUCAUAACUGAGAUGAAGAAGACAUCUGGAUACUUGAUUACUGGAGUUGAUGUCUGA